UCAUGCUGCAUAGACACAUAAAUAUAAAGACAUCUACCAAAUGAUGAUCAACUCAUACAAUCAAAGUCCUCCGGCACACAUGUCCCAACAAGCAUCCUCUUCAACCAUGAAGACAACCAUGUGGAUUUUCACUCUCUUUAUUCUUGCACAGAUUAUUGGGACCUCUAUCUUUGGCGUGUACUUUUACAAGAAGCUGGAUAAGAUGGAAGAGGAAAUGAGUUUCAGUGCCGACUACCUUUUUCUGAGAAGAAUACAGAAAUGCAUGAAGGGGGACAAUGUUGAUCCAACAUUGUUGAACUGCAAGGAGGUGCUGGCUAAAUUCCGCCAACUCAUAUCUGAGAUCAUCAAAACAGACACGCCAGGAGAAAAACUCGAAUAUCUUAAAGAUCCAAAUGUUUCCACAGACAAGCCUAAAGAUAACGACAACCUACCAAAACAAGAAUCAGAACAGCCGGUGAUUGCGGCACAUCUUGUGGGAGAAAAAAGCAACAACAAAGAAGUUUUGCAGUGGAUGGAAAAGGGUUAUUCAUCGAUGUGCAAGCAGAUCACUUAUACUAAUGGUAAACUGAAAGUGGAAAAAGCUGGCAUUUACUAUGUCUACUCUCAAGUCAGUUUUUGCAUGAAUUCACCACAGCAAUCCCGUGCACCCUUCGUGCAAUACAUCUAUUUGAGCAGACCACAGGAAACAGACAAGUUGUUGCUGAAAGGAGCAAACACGUUUAUCACGCCAACACCAAACUGUGCUUUGCACUCAUUACAACAAGGAGCUGUAUUUGCCCUGAAGGAAAAUGAUCUACUAUUUGUUAAUGUGACGGAUUCAUCUCUUGUCAAUUACAGUCCUGGACUUACAUACUUUGGCAUGUUUAAACUCUGAGCAACUUAUUCAGCUUUAAGACUGGCUACAGAUGAACGCUAAAUACAGGGAGUGUAAUGUCAAAGUUUGCAACAACACACCUUCCCAGCACUUCAGUUUAUUACUAGGAUUUCUGCAGAACUUGGAUUUCCUUCCUCUUUGCUUGGGCAAAGAAUGACUCUAUACUGGUAAUCCUUCUCUUUUCAAUAGAAAAUGCCAUAAUACCUGCUGAGCAAUCAGCCUAGUUACAAAUGGAUGACAAAGCCUUACAUGUGAUUUAAAAUGUACUUGUCUUUUGUUCUAGAUAAUAAGGGAGCUAACAGGAAUGUACUAAUGCAAUGUCCAAUCAGAGUACCUAUGAAAAAAACAAUAGUUUCUAUUCCUACACGGGGUAGGAAGAUUCUGGGGUGGUAUAUUAAAUGAUUUGUGACGUAUACCUUGAUAACACUGUCAAGAUGAGAAGGAGGUCACUGCAUUCUAGUAUACUCAAUUUACAAGUAAAAUAGCAUGAGUGAGACUUGUGUGGGGAAAGAUUCAAUUACUGAUGAAAGCCCCAGUCCACUUACACAAUUCAUUUCUGUUUAGUUCCUCUAUCUUUUCACUUCUGUUACUUUUAUUAGCUGUUUUCUUGAACAAUAUUGCCUAAACCUCACCUCCAAGCAUACCCAGACUGGCAAUCUGUGAAUCCUGGCAAAUGCCAGAGGGGCUUCUCUAA